AUGGCAGGGUUCAUUCUUAAUGUGGUGGCAGCUAUAACUAAGGAAGGAAGUGGGUUAUUCAAUAUAGUUGCCACUUACAUUCUCCCCGGGAUUUCGGUCCCAGCAGUGUAUAAGUUGUUAGCCAUGAUAAUUAUCUUAUUGAGGUCCAACGACAAUGGGAGUUGGAAAAUUCCAUACUCGAUAGGCAACAACAACUUCUUGAAGAGUUACAACAUAGAAACGAACGACCACACAAAAAAAAAAUAUCUGCAUAGGGAUCAUGGAGCAGCCCAUCAAAGGCUCAUGGCCGACUACUUCGACGAGUCAUGCACUUACUCCGACAUGCAGUUUCGCCGAAGAUAUCGAAUGAAAAGGUCAUUGUUUCUACGAAUUGUAGACGCAUUAUCAAAUUAUGACAACUACUUCACUCUAAGGCGUGAUAAUUCAAAAAAAUUGGGCUUGUCACCUAUCCAAAAGUGUACAGCUGCCAUCCGCAUGCUUGCAUACGGAGUCGCCGCAGAUGCAUGUGAUGAGUAUGUGAAGAUUGGAGAAUCCACCACAAUUGAGUGCACUCGCAAUUUUUGCGAUGGGGUAAUUGCUUUGUUUCAAGAUGAAUACUUAAGACGUCCAAAUGUGGAAGACGUGCAGAGGUUACUCCAAGUUGGUCAGGAGCGUGGUUUCCCCGGAAUGAUUGGAAGUAUCGACUGCAUGCACUGGCAAUGGAAGAAUUGUCCUAAGGCUUGGCAAGGGCAGUUUACUAGUGGACACAAGGGGACGGCAACAGUUAUCCUUGAGGCAGUGGCAUCUUUUGAUUUAUGGAUAUGGCAUGCUUUUUUUGGUUUGCCAGGUACAUUGAACGACAUUAAUGUACUAGAUAGGUCACCGGUAUUUGACGAUAUUGAGUCCGGUGAAGCCCCGGAGGUGAAUUUCAUUGUCAAUGGGCGACAAUACAAUCGUGCUUACUAUCUUGCAGAUGGAAUAUAUCCGAAAUGGCCUGUCUUUGUCCAAUCAAUUCAAUUGCCCCAAGGCAACAAAGCGCAGUUGUUUGCCAAACAACAAGAAUCAUGUAGGAAGGAUGUGGAACGCGCAUUUGGGGUUCUCCAAGCACGAUUUGCUAUUAUUCGCCAGCCCGCUAGAAUGUGGGACAUUGAGGUCUUAGGUAAAAUAAUGAGGGCUUGCAUUAUUUUACAUAACAUGAUAGUCGAGGAUGAACGAGAUACAUAUUUGCGAAACUGGGAAAAUAUUGACUUCGAACCAUCGAACAAUGCUAGUGCUAGCUCUAGCUCCUCUUUCAAUGUCCAAACACAAGUGUUGCCACAAUUUGAAGUGCACGUUCAAGCCCGAGCCGAAUCGGAUAUUCAUACUAGAGCCGAUCUACGUGAUAGGGCCAAACACAUUCAGUUGAAAAAGGAUCUCGUCGAGCACAUUUGGCAAAAAUUUGGAGCAACCUUCGAAUAGAAAUGUCAAAAACUUUCAAUGUUUGGUGUGUUUUUUCUUGCAUGUUUCAAUAAACUAUGUAUGUUUGGUGUGUUUUUUCUUGUACGUUUUCAAUAAAUUAUGUAUGUUUGGUUUACCACUACAUUAAUA